GCCAAAACCCUUGUUGGUCUCGGCAUGCAUUUGAUUAGAGAAAGAAGAUCCUACUAAUCAGCAUAUGUUCUCAUUCUAUUCCACAUGGUCUCUCUGUUUCUCUCCAAUGGAUCGAGCUCAGUUAGUUCUGGUUGGAUUACCAAUCUUUCUGUUCUGCACAGACAUUUUUAGCCUUUUCACACCUAAACCUCCCAAAACCAGUACCCAUUAUCAUGUUCAUGAUGAUGAAGAUCCCCAGCCCCUUGACCAUCCAGAUCCUCAACAUCAACAGCUUCUCCAAGAGCCCCUUAAAUUCCCCACCCAGCAGAAAUCUGAUGGCAUUGGAACAAUUGGCAUGGGAAGCACCAUCAACAUUGAUUUCUGUACAUCCUGUUCUUACAGAGGAAGUGCAGUAACAAUGAAAAACAUGCUGGGAACAGCAUUUCCUGGGAUCAAUGUAAUUCUGGCAAACCACCCCCCUCCGCUUCCAAGACGGCUGCUGAGCAAAUUGGUACCAGUUUUUCAAGUAGGGAUCAUUGGGACGAUAAUGGCGGGCGAACAUAUUUUCUCGAGGUUGGGGAUAACAACGCCACCUCCUUGGUACCACUCCUUGAAAGCAAAUAGAUUUGGAAGCAUUGCAAGCACAUGGAUUUUGGGAAACUUCAUACAAUCCUUCCUUCAAAGUACAGGAGCUUUUGAAGUCUAUUGUAAUGGGGAAUUGGUCUUCUCGAAGCUGAAGGAGCGGAGGUUCCCUAGUGAGAUUGAGUUGAGGGAUCUUGUUGGGAAGAAGCUCGGUAGUUCGAGAACCGCUGACGGUCCUGGAGGAGGGGCCUGGUCUUAGCGCCCUGUGGGAGGGGACCUUACC